GAACACGACUUUUGCUGCAGAUAAAACUCACAGUUAUUGAUUAAUGGGAAAAGAUCUCUGGAGACCUGGAGUAUACAGACGACGCCAUCCGCGGCAAAGUGUAUACAUCGCCAUCUCCGCCGCAACCACAAAAAGAGGCAACCGAGAAUCUGACAAUUCUACCAAAAAGGAGACUCUAAUUGGCUUCGAGCCUCAAACUUUGUGGAAGAUGAAACGUUCGUCCGGGUUGAUUAUACAGCCAUUACUUCAGAUUCUCCUUUCAUCAUAAAGAAACCUGUUCUACCCCAUGUGGGCGAAGUCAGCGGAAUCACUUUAAGGCCUGCGCGUCGCUCAGAAAGGAUUCAUAAUGUUUUACAGACGAGACGAGAUCGAGACAUUUCCCACCCUAUGUAGUGUACUAUAGACCCGACUGCUGACAACCUGAAUUAUGGGGGAGAAUGAUGACGACAAACAGGGCCAAGCCGGACAGCUCUUCGAGAACUUUAUCCAGGCCACUACAUGUAAGGGGACCCUGCAGGCCUUCAACAUCCUGACCCGCCAGCUGGACCUCGACCCCAAGGACUAUCGGCACUUCUAUAGUAAGCUGAAGACCAAGGUGACCAGCUGGAAAGCCAAAGCCUUAUGGAACAAACUGGAUAAACGGUACAGCCAGAAGGAGUACCAGAAGGGGAAGGCCUGUGUGGGGACCAAGUGCUUGAUAAUCGGCGGGGGCCCCUGUGGACUGCGGACGGCCAUUGAACUCUCCUGCUUAGGAGCCAAAGUGGUCGUUGUAGAGAAGAGAGACACGUUUUCCCGGAACAAUGUGCUGCACCUCUGGCCGUACACUAUCCACGACCUCCGCUGCCUUGGAGCCAAGAAGUUCUAUGGCAAGUUCUGCGCGGGAGCCAUCGAUCAUAUAAGUAUCUGGCAGCUGCAGCUCAUGUUGUUUAAGAUCGCGCUCCUGCACGGCAUCGAGAUCCACGUGAACAUAGAAUUUGUGAAGCUCCUCGAACCUCCGGAAGAUCAAGAGAAUCAGAAAAUAGGCUGGCGAGCAGAAUACCUUCCUCAGGAUCACCCAUUAUCUGGCUAUGAGUUUGACGUCAUUAUUGGGGCGGAUGGGCGCAGGAACACCCUGGCAGGAUUCAAGAGGAAGGAAUUCCGAGGUAAACUGGCCAUCGCCAUCACCGCCAAUUUCGUCAACAGGAACACCACGGCGGAGGCUAAAGUGGAGGAGAUCAGCGGCGUCGCCUUUAUCUUCAAUCAGAAAUUCUUUCAGGACUUGAAGGAAGAAACAGGGAUCGAUCUUGAGAACAUCGUCUAUUACAAGGACAGCACGCACUACUUCGUCAUGACGGCCAAGAAGCAGAGUCUCUUGGAUAAAGGCGUCAUCCUAAACGAUUGCGGCGAUGCAGAGAUGCUGCUGUGCGCGGAAAACGUGGAUCAGGAGAACCUGCAGUCCUAUGCAAGAGAAGCCGCCGACUUUGCCACCAAUUACCAGCUGCCGUCUUUGGACUUCGCCAUCAACCAUUAUGGGCUGCCGGACGUGGCCAUGUUCGACUUCACCUCCAUGUACGCCUCCGACAACGCCGCGCUGGUCAGGGAACGCCGCGGCCAUCCCCUCCUGGUGGCUCUGGUUGGGGACAGCUUGCUUGAGCCCUUCUGGCCAAUGGGGACGGGCUGUGCCCGGGGGUUUCUGGCAGCGUUUGAUACAGCCUGGAUGGUGAGGAGUUGGUCCCAGGGGACUCAACCUCUUGAGCUUCUUGCUGAACGGGAGAGUAUCUACCGCCUACUACCUCAGACCACGCCUGAAAACAUCAGCAAGAACUUUGACCAGUAUACCAUCGACCCCGGAACGCGGUAUCCCAACCUCAACUCCAGCUGCGUCCGUACCCAUCAGGUGAAACAUUUAUACCUGACCGGGGAGUUACAUGGGUGUCCCCUGGAGAGAGCCAGCUCCAUCCGGCGGUCUGUGGGGAUCACCAGGCAUGAAUCCGACAUUAGACCCAACAAGCUCCUGACCUGGUGUCAGAAACAGACAGAAGCCUACAGGAACGUGAAUGUCACCAACCUCACCAGCUCCUGGAAGAGCGGCCUGGCGCUUUGUGCCAUCAUUCACCAUUUCCGACCCGACCUUAUUGACUUUUACUCCUUGAACGAGGACGACGCGGUCAGGAACAACCAGCUGGCGUUUGAUAUGGCAGAGAAAGAGUUUGGAAUCUCGCCCAUCACCACGGGGAAGGAGAUGGCGUCCACGGAGGAGCCAGAUAAGCUCAGCAUGGUCCUCUACCUCUCCAAGUUCUAUGAAUUAUUCAGGGGCACCCCCCUGAGGCCGGUCGACUCCUCCCUCAAAGACAAAGGGAAGAACGGACACACGUAUUCCUCCAAACAGUCCAGUCUGCUCACUAACAAUUACCUCAACCUUACCUUACCCAGAAAGCGCGUGCCAAAGGGAGAAAAUAAAUCAGAAGAAAACGACUUGAACAAGAGGAGGAGGAGGACGGCUAUGCAGCUUUUCGAUGAGGCUGUGAACCUGUCGAGAGAAAGCAUCAACUCGGGCGCAGAGUGCAGCGACACCAAGGAGGUGAUCAAUCAGAACAAAGUCAAGUCCAUGGCCACUCAGUUACUGGCCAAGUUCGAGGAGAAUGCGCCAAAUUCCUCGCUGCGCAGACAGGCUUUACCUCCUCCUGACACCUCCGCCGCCGAACUCUCACCCUGUGACCCGCCUCCUGUUAACCCUCGCUUUGCUAAACCUCCGGACCCAACCCCUUGCGUUACCCAGGCCGAUCCCAAAAAGCAGUUUCAGGCAGUAGCUAGAUCCCAGCACCUUGUCAGAUACCUCACGCAGCCCGCCGCAGCUACUGUAAACCGAGAAACAACCAGGUCUUCGUCAGCUACUGUAACCAGAAAGACCGACUGGUCAUCCCCAGCUACUGUAACCAGAGAGACAGACUGGUCAUCCUCAGCUACUGAAACCAGAAAGACAGACUGGUCAUCCCCAGCUACUGUAACCAGAAAGACAGACUGGUCAUCCCCAGCUACUGUAAACCGAGAAACAACCAGGUCUUCGUCAGCUACUGUAACCGGAAAGACCGACUGGUCAUCCUCAGCUACUGUAACCAGAGAGACAGACUGGUCAUCCUCAGCUACUGAAACCAGAAAGACAGACUGGUCAUCCCCAGCUACUGUAACCAGAAAGACAGACUGGUCAUCCCCAGCUACUGUAACCAGAGAGACCGACUGGUCAUCCUCAGCUGCUGUAACCAGAAAGACAGAAAGGCCUUCCUCAGCUACUGUAACCAGAGAGACAGAAAGGCCUUCCUCAGCUACUGUAACCAGAGAGACAGAAAGGCCUUCCUCAGCUACUGUAACCAGAGAGACAGAAAGGCCUUCCUCAGCUGCUGUAACCAAAAAGACAGACUGGUCAUCCUCAGCUGCUGUAACCAGAGAGACAGACUGGUCAUCCCCAGCUGCUGUAACCAGAAAGACAGACUGGUCAUCCUCAGCUACUGUAACCAGAAAGACAGACUGGUCAACCACAGCUACUGUAACCAGAGAGACAGAAAGGCCUUCCUCAGCUACUGUAACCAAAGAGCCACGCUGUAGAGAAGAGACAGGCAGCCCUGCAGAACGAGAAGACCCCCUUUCCUCUUCCCACCCUUCUGUCGUUGCUCUGACUGGAAUCUUAGAGCGCCUGGAGGUCAUUGAAGAAAGGGCCCAGCAGAAAAGGGCUCAGGCUUUAGCUAUAAGAGAUUUCCAUAAAAAGAAUAUUAGAGAGAAGGCCGCGCACUUGGCCUCCAUGUUCAGAAGUUCGGAUUUUCCGCAGAUGACCGUAGGCAAUGUGUCCACCAGGAUAGGCGCGGUAGCCGAGGUCCUCGUCAAUCUUUACAUGAGCGAUCAUAAAUCUAAAGCCAGGUCCCCGGAACUGAAUUCUCUGGAGGGAGCGGUGACUGAGUUCUUAGAUGAUUCCUCUUCUUCUCCUCCUUCUCCUGUCUAUCCUCUCCACAAGGGAUCUUUACGGAAGGAAUUCCCCCCCAAUAUCGGAGGCAGUGACACCUGUUACUUCUGUAAGAAGCGCGUGUACGUGGUGGAGCGGCUGAGCGCCGAGGGACACUUCUUCCAUAGAGAAUGUUUCAAGUGUUCGUUCUGCUCUUCUGUUCUUCGUCUGGGGAAUCACGUCUUCAAUAUGGAGGAAGGUAAAUUUUACUGCCAGCCGCACUUCAUGCACUCCGGCACGUUCUCAAGCAGCAACCAACGCAAACGCCGAACAGAUUCGAAAGCUCAGGAUCCAGAUAAAGCAUGGAAGAAGGAAGAAGCCAUAACUGCGGAGGUCACGACGGACAGUCCCUGUAGCGCUGGCAGCAGUUCAGAGGACAGCUCCCCAGAUGAACCUUCUUCGCCUAAGAAAUCUCGGAGUGAUUCAUUUUUCAAACUGUUCAAGAGAAGAAAUUCCUCGGUAUCUACAGAAUGGAAAUCAGUUCGGAUCGGCCCAGAAGAAGAGACGGCGGAUAAUAACCUCCUGGCUGUGCGUGUCAUGGUGCUGAGCGACGAGAGCAGCUCAGAUGCAGAGAAACGUCCUGAGGAGAACCAUGGAAAGCUCCAUCGCAGGAGGCUGUCGUCACGGAAGAAGAAGGAGGCUUCCGCCUCAGGGAAUAACAGGGAGGCUGGUAACCGCUCUAAAGCUGCAGAUGCGCUCGUUCGAGCAAGUACCUUACCAAAUGUGGCGCCGAAUAAGUCUCAGCGGUGGAGGCAGAAGAUCCAGUCCACAUUCCCUCUUCUCAUUGCUAAACGGUUAUCUCACGUCUCCAGCACCAGUUCUCCUGAUGAUGAGGUGUUCCACAAUAACACAUCUGAACAUUUCAAUGAGCCCCAUAUUGAGACCCAGAGGGCCCCAGAAGAAGAAUACCACGCCAUCCCUUCCUAUAAACCUCAUCACAAGGUCCUGCUGGCCAACAGAACUGCCUUGAGACAUGAAGAACAAGGGUCCUCAGCACCUUCCCCACCACUUUCCAACCAUCAGUAUUACUCCCAGAAGAAUAUGCUUGAUGGAUAUCGAGAUAUAAACAUAGGGAAUGACCCUUUUUCGGGUAAUAUUAGUGACCACAAUGAUGUUUUUGAGAAAGACAAAAAACAAGAUAAAGGGUCCAAGCAAGACAAGUCAAUACAAGAAGAAGGCAAUCCCCAAAACCCAACACUUAAAAAAUUAGUCCUUUCAAAUGAGGAAAAAACUAAACUUCUCGACUGGAGCGCUACAAAACCAAGGCCACCAGUGAAGGACGUGAAUGAGAAGAUCCAGAACCCUUCUAAUGUCAAUCAUGACCCUGGCGGGGAGGCGGACAACAAGGGUAAAUCGGCCUUUACUAUAUUAUCCAACGCAAUUAAAAGAUCCUUCUCCCGAUCUUAUAGUUCUACACCCGACAGCCCCAAAAACAUUUCAUCUGCUAAAACCAAACCAGUAUCACCCACCGGCUACUUGGACCUUCCUGGGUCUUUCUUCAGAAGAAGCCAAAGUAACUUGGAAAGUUUUAUUAACCCCAGCAACUCCGAGAAGAGUUUCACAUCCUCCAACCAUUUACCCUCAUCUCAUUUUGACUUCAAGGCCUCCACUGAUGGCAGCUCUUGGACCUCCGGAUAUGUAUCUUCUCAAAAAAACAAACAAGACUUGUCAAAAGUAGAGGACAUGCCAAAAAUGUUGGAAAAGUUCAGUAUUAGGGAAAACAACCCGAGUAGCGCAAGCUGUGAUUUACCUUUAAGAAACAGAAGAGGUUCCUUUUUCUCAUCUCUCAGACUGACAAACAAAACCUCAGAGACUCCCUCUAAUGUUCCACCACAGGACUCUUGGUACGCCCAUUGGAGCUUCCGGAGGAAAGUAAAUGAAAAAGAAGCAGAACAGAAACCCCAUACAAGUUCUAUAGCUGCAUCAAACCUUCAGACAAUGUCCCAACCAGCGAAAGACGUCAGAGUGACGAAAUCCGAGAAUUACAGCAGCUGCUCCGAGGAGGAGUGUGUCAGGAGGCAUUCUGCAGUAUAUAAGAGCACUCAGACUUCCAAGCAGCAGAGGAAGAUGGAGAGAGAAGCGAGAAUGCGAGCAAAACAGGAGGAACUCAAGAGGCUGCACAAGGCCCAGACAAUACAGCGCCAGCUCCAGGAGACUGAAGAGAAGCAGCGAGCACUUGACAUACAAGGUAUCAAGCUGGAGAAGGCUCUUCGAGGAGAAACAGAUUCAGGCGCACAGGAUGAUGCCCGCCUCCUGCGCGACUGGUUCCAGCUCGCCCUAGAAAAGAGUAAAUUGAAUCGUUACGAAUCUGAGCUCUUAUCCGUAGCGAGAGAAUUAGACCUGGAGGAUCAACAAGGACGACUAGAACAGCAACUGCGGGAGAAGAUGAUGAUCGACCCGGCUCUUAAAGAUGAGAAGGAUGUUGCGGAGGAGGAAGAGAUCUUUGCUGAGAUGAUGAGGGUCAUUGAGCAGAGGGACCAACUUGUGACUCGCAUUGAAGAACAACGACUGCGGGACUACGCAGAGGAGAAAAACCCGAUGGACGUUUCCCUCCCCAAAGACUGGCAGCCCAAGGCGUCGGCCAUCAACAAAGGGAGGUUCAUUUGAAGAGACAGCGUUCAGGUCACCUCCUCGUAUCCAAAGCCGAAUGCUUCAAGACAGAUCUCCACUGAUACAUUGUAUUCUGUCCUCAUCAGGUGGAUGUGUCUUAGUAUAGGAGCUAGCGUGGUGUUUCCUAUUGGUCCUCCACUCUGUGGACAUUAUAUUGAGCCACAAAGAUUAUUGAAGCAGAUGUUGAGUGUUUUCCCAUUGGCAGCUCCUACAUCCAGCGUCUUCCACCAUUUUGGCGUGGACUGUGCUUCAUAGUAUGAGGCUUCCUGCAAUUUGUGAUUGUUAUCCAUGCCCUUGUAUAUAGAUGCCUACACUAUAUACCAGUGUUUGCCCACCAGGGUGCCUCCAGCUGUUGCAAAACUACAACUCCCAGCAUGCCCAUGUCUUUGGCUGUCCGGGCAUGCUGGGAGUUGUAGUUUUGCAACAGCUGGAGGCACACUGGUUAGGAAAAACUACUUUAGAUCAGGCAGUUUGACUUUGUCCUAGGCCUGGCUGGAAGCCCAAUUAGCUGCACCCACCCUGAAAGCUCAGCAAAAGACAAUUAUAGGGACCAUGGGGUUCAGUAGAAUUUACCUCUUAGGGAAAGGCAGGAAAUUAUUGAUCCGCACCUCAGAGGUGAAUAUAAAUUAGGAAAACUGAGUUUAUUAAUCCCUGCAUGCUGUCAGUGAAUGGAAACAGCUGAAAACAUGUUGUGAUUUUGUCCAUCUACCACAGCUGGAACUUCACUUUCCCUGGUUCACAUUGAUUCACAUGUGACAUUUCCAUCUAGUACUGGUGGUAUUUUUAGUAUACUGGUAGUAUUGGUGGCAUACUGGUACUGAUAUUGGCAGUAUACUCAUAGUAUUGCCAGCAGAAUUGGUAGUAUACUGCUACUAAUAUUAGUUGUAUAAUGGUACUUAUGUUGUUUGUAUACUGGUAGUAUGAGCGAUAUUCUGGUACUAGUAUUGGUAGUAUACUGGUAGUAUCGGUAGUAUGAGUGAUAUACUGGUACUAGUAUUGGUGGUAUACUGGUAGUAUUAGCAGUAUACUUGUAGUAUUGGUGGUGUACUGGUAGUAUUGGUAAUAUACUGGUAGUAUUGACAGUAUAUUGGUUGUAUUAGUGGUUGUGUUGGUAGUAUACUAGUAGUACUGGUAGUAUUGCUAGUAUACUGGUAGUAUUGGUGGUAUACUGGUAGAAUUGUCAGUAUAUUGGUAGUAUACUGGUAGUACACCAAUAGUAUUGACAGUAUAUUGGUUGUAUUAGUGGUUGUGUUGGUAGUAUACUAGUAGUACUGGUAGUAUUGCUAGUAUACUGGUAGUAUUGGUGGUAUACUGGUAAUACUGGUGGUAUACUGGUAGUAUUUUCAGUAUAUUGGUAUUAUUGGUAGUAUUGGUAGUAUACUGUUAGUAUACCAGUAGUAUUGACAGUAUAUUGGUUGUAUUAGUGGUUGUAUUGGUAGUAUACUAGUAGUAUUGGUGGUAUACUGGUAGUAUUGGUAGUAUACUGGUAGUAUUGGUAGUUUACUGGUAGUACUGGUGAUAUACUGGUAGUAUUGGUGAUAUACUGGUAGUAUUGGUAGUAUACUGGUAGUAUACCGGUAGUAUUGGUAUUAUACUGGUAGUAUUGGUGAUAUACUGGUAGUAUUGUGGUAUACUGGUAGUAUACUGGCAGUAUUGUUGGUAUACUGGUAGUAUUGGUGAUAUACUGGUAGUAUUGGUAGUAUACUGGUAGUAUACCGGUAGUAUUGGUAAUAUACUGGUAGUAUUGGUGAUAUACUGGUAGUAUUGGUAGUAUACUGGUAGUAUUGGUGACAUACUGAUGGUAUACUGGUAGUAUUGGUGGUAUACUGGUAGUAUUGUUGGUAUACUGGUAGUAUUGGUGAUAUACUGGUAGUAUUGGUGAUAUACUCGUAGUACUGCAGUAUUAGUAGUAUACUGGUUCUAGCAUAUAACAAGGAAGUAGCUCAUCCCCGGAGCUCUGCACCUGUGAUAGAUGGACAUGAUGUCGCUUUUUUUGGCUGACAACAGAGAUAUUAAUAAUGGCGCUGAAUUCACACAUAAGGUUCAUUAGAAAGUUGCAGAACUUUUCAUUUUACAAUGUCCGGCCUUUAUUUCCUCCGCAACAGAAAGUCCAUAGAGGAUGAAUGGAGCAGAGGGCGCUCAUUUACGGUCUAUUCAUCCGGGGCUGCGUCUCUACUUCGCUCUGGGGAUGGGCAGGGGCCCCGCGGGGCAAUGAACAAGGCGGAACUAGAACAGAUGGUAAAACCCCUUUAGGGCUGGAAACCACCCUGAGACCGGGGUCGCACAUAGUGGAGUGGAACUGGCACCGAAAAAAAAAUUAUAAUUGAAAGAUUUACAGUUAUUUCUGAGUCGGUUUCUACUGGUUUUGGUAAAAAUACUGAGCAGAUAAUAUCAUGUGUGACCCCGGCCCCAGAUUGGAUUCACUCCCGGCAGAUAGUAUCACAGAAAGGUCUGUGGUUUGGUUUGGCAGCACAUGGAUUUCUUCAGGCAGUAUUCACAUAGUCAGAAUAGUCGCAAUAAUUUCUGCCGUUCAUACGGCACUGACUGGAUUGUGCUGCGUGCGCCGUGAUGCAAAGAUGGCUUUUUAGUAAGUGAAGUUUAUUACAUUCACACAUCAGUAUUUUUGGGGCUUUUUUGAUCAUAGCAUUAGUAUUAUGCUGUGUUAUCUGCAAGACAACAGGAUAUUUUCUAAAGUGCAUUUUUUAAGCAUUUUUUACAGGAGUCGGCUACAUUUUCUAGGAAUCAAAGAUUCUUCCACUGUUGAUCAAUGGACAAAAAAAGUAAAAAUAAAUAAAUCAGGAGUGCGCUCUAUACCUUCUGUAAUGCAAAUGUCCUAUUAGUCCAUAGAAGCAGUACUAGCAGUGUCUCCUACAAUUGUAUCCUUAAAGGUGUACUCCGCCCCUAGACAUCUUAUCCCCUAUCCAAAGGAUAGGGGAUAAGGUGUCUGAUCACGGGGGUGCCCCGGCAAUUUCCCUAUUGCAGCGCCGGAGGCUCGUGACGUCACGUCACGGACCCUCAAUGCAAAUCUAUGGGAGGGGGCGUGAUGGCCGUCACGCCCCCUUCCAUAGACUUGCAUUGAGGGGGCAUGGCCACGAGCCUCCGACCCCCAACGCCAGUCAUCUGGCAUGGAGUGAAGUUUGCUCCGUGCAUCGGAUGUCUGGGGUGCCGCAGCUGAGAUCGCGGGGGUCCCCAGAUGUCUAGGGGCAGAGUACCCCUUUAAAUUGUCUCCAUUUUUAGUGCAUUAUGGAUGUGGUUCUGGCACCAUUACCCCUCAGCCCUGACUAUGUGUGAAAUAGUGCAUGCAGUACCCAGAUCAAUAGUGCAUACUGUGUAGAGAUAAACAUUUCUAUCUAGUGCCUAGAUAAAACAUGCAUCACCCAGAUAAAUAGGGGCUAUGAUGUCCAGGUAAACACGGUCAUAUAGUGUCCACAUAAAAAAUGUGCAGAGAUAAACAUUACUCUAAAGUGUCCAGAUAAACAGUGCAUACCGUGCAGAGAUAAACACAGUACCAAGAUAAAUAGGGUCUACAAUGUCCAGGUAAACAGUGCACAGAUAAAUAGGGGGAGAUUUAUCAAAACCGGUCCAGAGGAAAAGUUGCUGAGUUGCCCAUAGCAACCAAUCAGAUCGCUUGUUUCAUUUUUAACAAGGCCUCUGCAAAAUGAAAAAAGCGAUCUGAUUGGUUGCUAUGUGUAGAGAGAAAAAAUUCUAUAUAGUGCAUGCAGCGCUCAGAUAAAUGGUGCAUACUAUGUAGAGAGAGACAUUUCUGUAUGGCGCCCAGAUAAAUAAAAUACGCAAUAUCCACGAAAGAAAACAGAACUGAGGUUAUUAUCAUAUCUUCAUUGUAUCACGUUAUAUUCUUCUCACACUGUACAUUUUGUGCUACGGAACAUCCAGUUCACACUUGACUCCAUUCAGACCUUAUAUACACCGACGCUUUUCGUUGAUCCACGAAGAUCAAUGAAGCAGAUGUUGGGUGUUUUUUAAUGGCAGCUCCUAUGUCCAGUGUCUGACACCAUUUUGGCGUGGACUGUGCUUCAUAGUAUGAGGCUACCUGCAGUUUGCACCAUGGAUGUCAUUGUAUAUAGAAAAAUACCUAUAUGUCAGUGUUUCCCAACCA